ACCUUCUGCAAUAUAAUUUUGUAGAAUUACUUUACAGCCAAAACGUGCAUUCAAAGUCUGUCCUGACGCAAUAAAGAAAUGCAAUACAUGCCUUCAUCAACCCUACUGUUGGUGUCCAUCUGCGUAGGCUAUUGUGGUUUUAGCCUAUUUAACCGGGUUUAAUUGAAUGGUAGUGAUGGCCAUAUGUCUCUCGCUGUUAGAAUUACAAUUUUUAAUAAGUAAUAUAUAUUUUUUAUAAUUAUACUAUUUGACAACCUCACUACUGACACGGUAAUGUAUUUGUUGCCUUCCCACUGCGUUCUAAUCCUGUCUCACAUGAAAAACCAAAACAUCUGUCUAUUUGGGGUUGUGAUUACUACUGGUUGUAGCAUACCGUACAUUUUGACAUUUCAUCAUGACACAUUGAUGACUUCCCAUAUCGUGUUGGACACUAAAUUGCCAGGAGAUUUCAAGAUUUUAUUCUGAAUACUGCAAAAUUGUAUGUUUGUAGUGUUUUCUGACAUACGUGUAUCAUCUCCUCGAGCUGUUGCUGCAUACAUGCAUAGGAUGAUAUGGAACAUACAUAUACAUACAGUAAGUACACAGGGCCCAUCAAUAGUUAAUGCAGUUACAACGUAGAAUUUUUACUGCUUGUUUUCCAAAGCAAUUUCUUUGUAAUCUGUCCCUUUUAGUGUCUAAGACUAUCCUACAGAUGUUAAGAUGGUUACUUUGUUUAUCAUUUCAGCUUUAACAGUGGAGUUAUUAGAGAUGAUGUCUGUAAGGUGUGCAUGUUCCCACACUCAUUUAACCAGUGCUGGUAUUAACACGUAUGAACACAUUCUUGAACAAGGAUAUCUAGAGCUGCCAGGAUCUGAGGGACUUGUCCAAAUCUGUCCUGGACAGUGCCUCAGGGUAAUUCACUGCUGUUGCUUUGGUCUGUCUGAGAAACACUGCUGUUCUCAGAAAGGGAUUUUCUACGUUGUUGCCAAUGCAGUGUUACAUUUUUGGUACGGAUCACUUUAGAAGUGAUCUUUUUAGCAUGGUCUUUGAGUUCAUUAUGCAUGACAAUUAGAGGAUGUUACAGAACGUGAAGUAAACAAUUGUCAGAAAGUCAGUGAAUGGCAGACAGUAAACCUUUUUGAGUGCUUGUCUAUAGGGGUAUGGUUUGUGCACACUAUUUUCUUGAAGCCCAAGUUCCAACUGACACGGACUGAUAGGAUUUGAGCAACUAGCUUGAUGUUCCAUGAAAGUACUUAUAAGCUGCUGGACAUAAGGAUCUACUCAAGGAUCUCCUUGGGUCACACCCAAACUGACCCAGUCUCAGUUGGAUAGGUGGAAGUGCACAAAGUGGUAUACCUUGUAUCAUACACAUUGUGAUGUGUCAAGAUUUUUUUGAACCAAUAUCAAGCGCUGGCGAUUACGAGGACAACAUUUUUCACUUCAAGGCCUUCUUUGGAUUAUUAUUUUUUAACUGCGUUGUUGAAGGGCUCGUAAGCAAGCAUUUCACGGUAAAGUCUAUACCCGAUGUAUUUGGUGCAUGUGACAUAGCAUUUGAUUUGGAAUACAUAGAGAUCCCUUCAUGUAUUAUGGAUCAUGGGAAAACAGUAUAUUAAUUAUCUCCCUGGACAUAGGGACACGUUCCAUACUCUUCUACUUUGAACCUACCAGAUAUGUAGUAGGGGGAGGAAUCACUGGAUUGCUUUCUCCUGUACAGUUGUUUCAGAUCGACAUAGGGAAGCGAGCCAUCAAGGGCAGAGGGAAGGGUUUCAAAAUGGGAAUACUGGGCUUGCCAUAGGAUUAGCCCCCAUGUGCUAAACUACCCAGGGCUGUGCUGAUAAGCAUGUUAUGAUCAGUAGUUCAGGGAGGUACAAAGAGUGAGAAGAGAUCAUAUUGGAAUGUCACCUGACCCUCCAACCCUCCAUAAACCCUCCACAGGAUCCAGCUGGUGGCUGGCUGUUCAGGUGCAGCUUGUUGAAUGAGGCAGACAGACCAGACCAUAAUACAUCCCGAGGACUGUAUUUACUAACAAAAUGGCUUCCCUCCUUCUGCUGACUAAAAACAUGACUUUUAGUGCACCAAUUAGCUCUUUUUGACUUCAUGUCUUUUAUGAUCUUCAUUCUUUAGAUUAGGAAAUAAUUAUAUUGUAGUGAUACAGGGAGAACAGCUAGAGCCAGAACAAACAUAUACCUACUAUCUCUUGGAGCCCCUUAACUCACCUAUCUCGGGCAAAACCAACAUUGGACAUUUUGAGGGGUAAGCAAAUUAAAAUGACUAUAGAAUUAACUAAAUGGAAAACUUAUUUUUUGGCAAAAAUGCAUAUGCUAAGAUAUGUAUUUCAAACUCAUUUUCAAUUGAAGUUCCUUCCCAGUUGUGGGCAUUUCCUCAGUUCUCUUGUUAACUUUCUAUCCUCCACCCCUUAUGUUAUGGUAAUGGUUUAUUCUCCCUAACUGUCUUCUGGGAAUAGUGCAUACAUUACUACACUAUUAUUAUCAGAAUUAAGUCAGGUGAAGAAAGUAACGUGAACGAACACAGAGAAAAUGUGGCACAGCUACAGAAGAGAGCCGGUAUUUUAAAGACAUCUGUGUGAUACAGCAAUGCUUACUUAUGAGAGAGAUCUCUUCUAAAAAAAGGAUGCUGGUCAGAGAAUGUUACUUAAAAAAAUUGGUUACUUAUUAGUGUAUAUGUAGCAUAUCUGUUGAAGUGAGUUUGUGUCAUUUAACAGUUCAUGACAGAAGCAGCCAGCUGCUGUGUAAAUAAUGGUUGUAGCCACUACCAGGAGUGAGUGUGUCACUGGAUCCUACCCUGUCUGUCUGCACUGGAGCCGAGGUCACAUUUCAGCUGCUGUUCUGUGUCUGCUUCUAGCAUCAACAUCAUAAUAGUAUCAAGGUAUCGGGUUGCUAUGAAUAACAAAGGAUUUCCCUUUGGCAAUGACAUACAGAAGUAGCCUAUAUCACAUUAUUUAAAGUAGUAUGCACUAAAUAUGCAAAUGAAUAGGUAUUUGGACAGACAAUUUGUUAACUGAGCUGUGUAUGGGUUUUUGCCUGACCUGCAGUGGUGGGGCUAUACAGCUUGUGAAUAUUAUCAUAUAAUAAGCUAAGUUUGUAAGGAUACGUGGUGUUGUGAGAGUGAACAUGGUAGAGAGAGAGAGAGAGGCCUGCCCUACCCUGCAGCCUUGACCAGCCUUGACCUUGUGUCCAUCCCCCUGGAAUUAAAUAUUAAACUCCUGGCUGGUUUGCAUGCUGCACAGGGGCUGCCUGCCUGCGCUCACAGUACAGUUCAUGUUUUAAUCCGCAUGUUUCCCUCCACAGCUCAUCUUUAUCACCAUAACCAUUGUCUAACUCCUAGCAUCUUCCUUUGUUUUGUCCUAUAUAUUUCCUGUAGCCUAUAGCCAGGGUUUUUCCUUACCUUUAUUACCUUUAUUUCCCCCCCCAAAAAAUGUACCUCCCCAAUUUCGUGGUAUCCAAUUGGUAGGUAUAGUCUUGUCUCAUCGCUGCAACUCCCGUACGGACUCAGGAGAGGCGAAGGUCGAGAGCCGUGCGUCCUCCGAAACACAACCCAAUCAAGCCGCACUGCUUCUUGGCACAAUGCCCAUUUAACCCGGAAGUCAGCCACACCAAUGUGUCGGAGGAAACACUGUACACCUGGCGAACGUGUCAGGUCAGCGUGUACUGCGCCCGGUCCGCCACAGGAGUCGCUAGUGCGCGAUGGGACAACUGUCUAAAAAGUCUACAGAAGUACCAGAGUACCAUGUCAUUGAGAAAACAGAAAGGUGUCAUUGUAUUGUUUCGCAAACAUUCUUUCUGAAUUUAAAAGUAUUUGUAUUUAUUAUGGAUCCCCAUUAGCUGCUGCCAAGGCAAACUAGUAAUCAUCUAGUUUUUCAAAAUCUGUAUCUGUAAUCUGAUUACAAUAUUUUAGCUUGUAACAUCAAAUCAAAUUGUAUUUGUCACAACAGGUGUAGACCUUACAGUGAAAUGCUUACUUAACCAACAAUGCAGUUUUAAGAAAAUACCUCAAAAAACAGAACAAAAAAACAAGUAAGAGAGAAGAAUAACAAAUAUUAAAGAGCAGCAGUAAAUAACAAUAGCGGGGCUAUAUACAGGGGGUACCGGGACAGAGUCAAUGUCAAUGUGCGGGGGCACCGGUGUCGAGGUAAUUGAGGUAAUAUGUACUUAUAGGUAGAGUUAUUAAAGUGACUAUGCAUAGAUAAUAACAGAGAGUAGCAGCAGCGUUCUGGGAGGGAAUGCAAAAAGUCUGGGUAGCCAUUUGAUUAGCUAUUCAGGAGUCUUAUGGCUUGGGGUAGAAGCUAUUUAGCCUCUUGGACCUAUUUAGCCUCUUGGACCUAGACUUGGCGCUCCGGUACCGCUUGCCGAGAACAGUCUAUGACUAGGGUGGCUGAAGUCCUUGACAAUUUUUAGGGCCUUCCUCUGACUCCGCCUGGUAUAUAGGUCCUGGAUGGCAGGAAGCUUGGCCCCAGUGAUGUACUGGGCUGUACGCACUACCCUCUGUAGUGCCUUGCGGUCGGAGGCCGAGCAGUUGCCAUACCAGGCAGGGAUGCAACCCGUCAGGAUUCUCUGAGGACCCAUGCCAAGUUAACAAACAGAUCACUGACCAUUUCGAAUCCCACCGUACCUUCUCCGCUGUGCAAUCCGGGUUUCCGAGCUGGUCACGGGUGCAGCUCAGCCACGCUCAAGGUACUAAACGAUAUCAUAACCACCGUCGAUAAAAGACAGUACUGUGUAGCCGUCUUUAUCAACCUGGCCAAGGCUUUCGACUCUGUCAAUCACCGUAUUCUUAUCGGCAGACUCAACAGCCUUGGUUUCUCAAAUGACUGCCUCGCCUGGUUCACCAACUACUUCUCAGAUAGAGUUCAGUGUGUCAAAUCGGAGGGCCUGUUGUCCGGACCUCUGGCAGUCUCUAUGGGGGUGACACAGGUUCAAUUCUUGUGCUAACUCUUUUCUCUGUAUAUAUCAACGAUGUCGCUCUUUCUGCGGGUGAUUCCCUGAUCCACCUCUACGCAGACGACACCAUUCUGUAUACAUCUGGCCCUUCUUUGGACACUGUGUUAACAAACCUACAAACAAGCUUCAAUGCCAUACAACACUCCUUCCGUGGCCUCCAAAUGCUCUGAAACGCUAGUAAAACUAAAUGCAUGCUUUUCAACCGAUCGCUGCCCACACCGCCCGCCCGAUUAGCAUCACUACUCUGGACGGUUCUGACUUAGAAUAUGUGGACAACUACAAAUACCUAGGUGUCUGGCUAGACUGUAAACUCUCCUUCCAGACUCACAUUAAACAUCUCCAAUCCAAAAUUAAAUCUAGAAUCGGCUUCCUAUUUCACAACAAAGCCUCCUUCACUCAUGCUGCCAAACAUACCCUCGUAAAACGGACUAUCCACUGAUCCUCGACUUCGGCGAUGUCAUUUACAAAAUAGCCUCCAAAACUCUACUCAGCAAAUUGGAUGCAGUCUAUCACUGUAACGGCUUUCUUCCAUAGGUGAAGGAGAGGACCAAAGUGCAGCGCGGCUAGUGUUCAACAUGUUUAAUAAAAGAACAAGUGAAACACUACAAACAACAUACAAAAUAACAAAAUGUGCAAAAACCGAGACAGACCUAUCUGGUGCAGACAACCACAGAGACAGGAAACAAACACCCACAAAAUCCCAACACAAAACAAGCCUCCUAUAUAUGAUUCUCAAUCAGGGACAACGAGUACCAUCUGCCUCUGAUUGAGAACCAUAUUAGGCUGGACAUAGAAACAGACAAACUAGACACACAACAUAGAAUUCCCACCCAGCUCACGUCCUGACCAACACUAAACAAGCAAAACACAUAAUAACUCUGGUCAAGACGUUCCAAUCACAGUGCCAUGCGUUUUGUCAGCAAAGCCCCAUAUACCACCCACCCCUGCGACUUGUAUGCUCUCGUUGGCUGGUCCUUGCUUCAUACUCGUCGCCAAACCCACUGGCUCCAGGUCAUCUAUAAGUCUUUGCUAGGUAAAGCUCCGCCUUAUCUCAGCUCACUGGUCACCAUUACAACACCCACCCGUAGCACGCGCUCCAGCAGGUAUAUCUCACUGGUCACCCCCAAAGCCAACACCUACUUUGGCCGCUUUUCCUUCCAGUUCUCUGCUGCCAAUGACUGGAACGAAUUGCAAAAAUUGCUGAAGUUGGAGACUUAUAUCUCCCUCACUAACUUUAAGCAUCAGUUAUCUGAGCAGCUUACCGAUCACUGCAGCUGUACACAGCCCAUCUGUAAAUAGCCUAUCCAAUCUACCUACCUCAUCCCCAUAUUGUUUUUUUGUUUUUUUUGCUCUUUUGCACACCAGUAUUUCUACUUGCACAUCAUCAUCUGCACAUCUAUCACUCCAGUGUUAAUUUGCUAAAUUGUAAUUACUUCGCUACUAUGGCCUAUUUGUUGCCUUACCUCCUCACACCAUUUGCACACACUGUAUAUAGUCAUUUUCUGUUGUGUUAUUGACUGUACAUUUGUUUAUUCCAUGUGUAACUCUGUGUUGUUGUUUUUGUUGCACUGAUUGCUUUAUCGUGGCCAGGUCGCAGUUGUAAAUCAGAACUUGUUCUCAACUGGCCUACCUGGUUAAAAACAUUUUUUUUUUAAAGCCAAAUAUUUUUAGUCUCCAAGGGGAGAAUAGGUUUUGUCGUGCCCUCUCCACGACUGUCUUGGUGUGCUUGGACCAUGUUAGUUUGUUGGGAUAUGAAUGACAAGGAUCUUGGUGUCCACAUCAACCUACUCCACUACAGCCCUGUAGAUGCAAAUGGGGGCGUGCUCAGUCCUCCUUUUUCUGUAGUCUACAAUCAUUUCCUUUGUCUUGAGCACGUUGAGGAAGAGGUUGUUGUCCUUGCACCACACGGUCAGGUCUCUGACCUCCUCCCUAUAGGCUGUCUCAUCGUUGUCGGUGAUCAGGUCUACCACUUUUGUGUCAACAGCAAAUAUAAUGAUGGUGUUGGAGUCGUGCUUGGCCGUGCAGUCAUGAGUGAACAGGGAGUACAGGAGGGGGCUGAGCACGCACCACUGAGGGGCCCCCUUUUUGAGGAUCAGCGUGGCUGAUGUGUUGUUACCUACCCUUACCACCUGGGGGCGGCCUGUCAGGAAGUCCAUGAUCCAGUUGCAGAGGGAGGUGUUUAGUCCCAGGGUCCUUAGCUUAGUGAUGAUCUUUGAGGGCACUAUGGUGUUGAACGCUGAACUGCAGUCAACAAAUAGCAUUCACACUAGCAUUCACAAUAGCAUGUCCAGGUGUGAAAGGGCAGUGUGGAGUGCAAUAGAGAGUGUAUCAUCUGUGGAUCUGUUGGUGCCAUAUGCAAAUUAGAAUCGGUCUAGGGUUUCUGGGAUAAUGGUGUUGAUGUGAGCAAUGACCAGCCUUUCAAAGCAUUUCAUGGCUACAGACGUGAGUGCUACGGGUCGGUACUCAUUUAGGCAGGUUACCUUAGUCGCUGUGCCCAAGAACACUAUGGUGGUCUGCCUGAAACAUGUUGGUAUUACAGACUCAGACAGGGAGAGGUUGAAAAUGUCAGUGAAAACACUUGCAAGUUGGUCAGCUCAUGCUCGGAGUACACGUCCUGGUAAUUCGUCUGGCCCUGCAGCCUUGUGAAUGUUGACCUGUUUGAAGCUCUUACUCACAUUGGCUGUGGAGAGCGUGAUCACACGGUCGUCCGGAACAGCUGAUGCUCUCAUGCAUGUUUCAGUGUUACUUGCCUCAAAGCGAGCAUAUAAGUUAUUUAGCUCAUCUGGUAGGCUUGUGUCACUGGGCAGCUCUCGGUUUUGCUUACCUUUGUAGUCUGUAAUAGUUUGAAAGCCCUUCCACAUUCGAUGAGCGUUGGAGCCGGUGUAGUACGAUUUGAUCUUAGUCCUGUAUUGAGUCCCGCUCCUUGAAAGCGGCAGCACUACCCUUUUGCUCAGUGCGAAUGUUGCCUGUAAUCCAUGGCUUCUGGUUGGGGAAUGUACGUACAGUCACUGUUCGGACAAUGUCCUCGAUGCACUUAUUGAUAAAGCCAAUGACUGAUGUGGUGUACUCCUCAAUGCCAUUGGAAGAAUCCCGGAACAUAUUCCAGUAGUUCUGUAGUUUAGCAUCUGCUUCAUCUUACCACUUUUUUUAUAGACCGAGUCACUGGUGUUUCCUGCUUUAAUUUUUGCUUGUAAGCAGGAAUCAGGAGGAUAUAAUUAUGGUCAGAUUUGCCAAAUGGAGGACGAUUGAGAGCUGUGUACGCAUCUCUGUGUGUGGAGUAAAGGUUGUCUAGAAUAUUUUCCCCUGUGGUUGCACAUUUAACAUGCUGAUAGAAAUUAGGUAAAACUGAUUUAAGUUUCCCUGCAUUAAAGUCCCCGGCCAAUAGGAGCUGUGCCUCUGGAUGAGCGUUUUCUUGUUUGCUUAUGGCGGUAUACAGCUCAUUGAGCACGGUUUUAGUGCCAGCAUCGGUCUGUGGUGGACAGCUACGAAAAAUACAGAUGAAAACUCUCUAGGUAGAUGGUGUGGUCUACAGCUUAUCAUGAGAAACUCUACCUCUGGCGAGAAAAACCUUGAGACUUCCUUAGAUAUCGUGCACCAACUGUUGUUCACAUAUAUGCAUAGGCCCCCGCCCCGUUUCUUACAAGAGGCUGCUGUUCUGUCCUGCCAAUGGAGUGUAUAACCCACCAGCUGUAUGUUCUUAAUGUCGUCGUUCAGUCACGACUUGGUGAAACAAGUUAUUACAGUUUUUAAUGUCCCGUUGGUAGGAUAUAUGUGCUUUCAGCUCGUCCCAUUUAUUUUCCAGCGAUUGAACAUUAGCUAGUAGGACGGAAGGCAAGGGCAGAUUAGCCACUCGUCACCUGAUCCUUCUUGCAAGGCACCCUGAUCUUUUUCCAUGAAAUCUCUGUUUCCUUCUCCAGCGAAUCACGGGGAUCUGGGCCUGGUUGGGUGUCUGUAGUAGUAUAUCCCUCCCGUCCGACUCAUUGAAGAACUCUUCGUCCAGCUUGAGGUGAGCAAUUGCAGUUCUGAUGUCCAGAAACUCUUUUUGGUCAUAAGAGACAGUAGCAGCAACAUUAUGUACAAAACAACUUACGAACAACGCAUUUUUUUUUUUUAAAUAGCAUGGUUGGUUGGAGCCGAUAAGACGGCAGCCCUCCUCUCCGGCGCCAUUGUUGUAUCAAUCAUAACUGAAUACAUUUUGUUUUUUGGUAAUCAGAUUACAUGUAAUCAGUUACUCCCCAACCCUUCCUAUAGCCUUAUCAUAUUGUUAAAACUCCGUGGUGUCCAUUUCAUCUAGUUAAUCCCUGUUGUUUCUAUGAUCUGUCUCUCAUCAAAUUUGGUCUUACUGAGUGUGGAUUCUCCUCUAAAACUCCUUUCUUUCCCGUAGGAUUCAUUCAGGAAUGUGAUUUUAGUGCUGAGUUAUUGUACCUGUGAACAAAUGUGUGUUCUCAGAACACAUCUGCCAUCCUGAUGUGUCAGUAGUUACCUCUGACUCACACCAUAGGAGUCCUGUUGUGUUUUACCAGACACCCCUGGUCCUCACCCCUCUCAUGCCAUGUUUCCCUUGAUUACUUAUGAACUUAUCUUGAUUAUUUAUAAACAUUCUAAACUGAUUGUGGAAUGUUGAGAUCUAGCUACUCACACUGCCUUGCUGUGCUUUGUGUAUUGAUUGGUUUGUGUUAAGGAAAAUAAUCCUAGAUGCCUACCUUAUGGCUCCAGGCAUCAACUCGCCACUUCCCUCCAAGAGAACACCCAGCUGUCCCUGUUGGUAAACCCAGCUGUCCCUGUUGGUAAACCCAGCUGUCCCUGUUGGUAAACCCAGCUGUCCCUGUUGGUAAACCCAGCUGUUCCUGCUGGUAAACCCAACUGUUCCUGUCUGUCUCUCCAUUUUUCCUCUCAAUCUCUGUCUUGCUCCUUAUCCCCAUGUUUUUUUAGACUGUUGAAUGGCACAUUGUUAAGAAUUUAGGUCAAAUUUUGGUAAACCACCUCCCUUUGGUCAAUAACAAUGUUCUCUUCAGUGCAGAUUAAGUUAAAUGAAUAAGAAUGGAGUGGAUUCAUGUGAUGGGCUGGGUCAGACUGUCAGUGUCAAUACACAGUGAAUCGUUACUGUGACAGUUGUUUGUUUAAGAGGCUCCUUUGUGUCUCUCAAUAGGUCACACAGGGGGAACUUCACACUAGUAUGAGCAAACAGGACCGCCUCAAUUCCAUGACUGGAGCCCAUGUGAAAUGUGUGAGGUAAACUAUAUAUACAAAAGUAUGUGGACACCCCUUCAAAUAGUGGAUUAAGCUAUUUAAGCCACACCCAUUGCUGACAGGUGUAUAAAAUCGAGCACACAGCCAUGUAGUCUCCAUAGACAAACAUUGUCAGUACAAUGGCCUUACUGAAGAGCUCAGUGACUUUCAACGUGGGACCGUCAUAGCAUGCCACCUUUCCAACAAGUUCAUUCGUCAAAUUUCUGCCCUGCUAGAGCUGCCCCGUUCAACUGUAAGUGUUGUUAUUGUGAAGUGUAAACAUCUAGGAGAAACAUCGGCUCAGCCGCGAAUUGGUAGGCCACACAAGCUCACAGAACAGGUCUGCCGGGUGCUGAAGCGAUCAGCGUGUAAAAAUCGUGCAACGUCUGCACAAGAGCUGUUCGUCGGGAGCUUCAUGAAAUGGGUUUCCAUGGCCGAGCAGCCGCACACAAGCCGCCAUUGGACUCUGGAGUGAUGAAUAACACUUCACCAUCUGGCAGUCCGACGGACAAAUCUGGGUUUGGUGGAUGCCAGGAAAACGCUACCUGCUCCAAGGCGUAGUGCCAACUGUAAAGUUUGGUGGAGGAGGAAUAAUUGUCUCGGGCUGUUUUUCAUGGUUUGGGUUAGGCCCCUUAAUUCCAGUGAAGGGAAAUCUUAACGCUACUGCAUACAAUGACAUUCUAGAAGAUUCUGUGCUUCCAACUUUGUGGCAAGAGUUUGGGGAAGGCCCUUUCCUGUUUCAGCAUGACAAUGCCCCUGUGCACAAAGCUAUAGCCAUACAGAAAUGGUUUGUCAAGAUUGUUGUGGAAGAACUUGACUGGCCUGCACAGAACCCUGACCUCAACCCCAUCGAACACCUUUGGGAGGAAUUGGAACGCCAACUGCGAGCCAGGCCUAAUCUUGUGGCUAAAUGGAAGCAAGUCCCCAUAGCAAUGUUCCAACAUCUAGUAGAAAGCCUUCCCAGAAAAGUGGAGGUUGUUAUAGCAGCAAAGGGCGGGACCAACUCCAUUUUAAUGCCAAUGAUUUUAGAAUGAGAUGUUUGACGAGCAAGUGUCCACAUACUUUUGGACAUAUAGUGUAUGUGAAGCAUGGAGUUCUUGUAUUGUAUGACUGAGGUGGUAGAUAAAUGUUACAUUUUUAACUAUGAUAAUAUGGUGCCGUUAUCUGUACACAUCUUAGAAAUGAUCAAACCGUAGUCUUACCCCUAGAGGCAUUCUGUGAUGUUGAUGGUGUUUUGUUUAGGAAAGAAGCAUUUUAUUAUUUAGUAGACUGCAAGGAGCUGCCUGUUGUUUAUGACUGAGAUUCUGGAGUCUCAGCGAGAGAUGCUUUGGCACUGAAUAGUAUCACUUCUGUAUGCUCUCUUUGUAACGUAAGGGAAUAAGGCCUGAUUUGGAACAAAGCUUUCAUGGAAUUCAGGAUAAUACCAUAAAGUAGAAUGAUAGGCUACCUCUUGACUUAUUUAGACUGAGAUGAGCAAGCUUUGGCCAAUGCCGGCAUGCUUCAAAGCUUCUUGUUGAGAUGUCAGAUAUACACUGUGUAUACAAAGUAUGUGGACACCCCUUCAAAUGAGUGGACUUGACUAUUUCAGCCACACCCAUUGCUGACAGAUGUAUAAAAUCGAGCACACAGUCAUGCAAUCUCCAUAGACAAACAUUGGCAUAAUAAUGGCCUUACUGAAGAGCUCAGUAACUUUCAACUUGGCACUGUCAUAGAAUGCCACCUUUCCAACAAGUCAGUUAGUCAAAUGUCUGCCCUGCUAGAGCUGCCCCAGUCAACUGUAAGCGCUGUUAUUGUGAAGUAAAAACGUUUAGGAGCAACAACGGCUGAGCUGCAAAGUGGUAGGCUGACUGCUGACUGCUGAAGCGCGUAAAAAUCGUCUGUCCUCGGUUACAACACUCACUACCAAGUUCCAAACUGCAUCUGGAAGCCACGUCUGCACAAGAACUGUUCGUUGGGAGCUUCAUGAAAUGGGUUUCAAUGGCCCAGCAGCUGCACACAAGCCUAAGAUCACCAUGCGUAAUGCCAAGCGUCGACUGGAGUGGUGUAAAGCUUGCCGCCAUUGGACUCUGGAGCAGUGGAAACACGUUCUCUGGAGUGACUCCAUAUGAAUGCCCAUGAUUUUGCAAUGAGAUGUUCGACGAGGAGGUGUCCACGUACUUUUGGUCAUGUAGUGUAUCUCUGUUAACCCCCUUACAACAUCUUUUCCAAAAUGAUUCUUCAGGACCCACUUGUGAACCAUGUUCCUGGGUUUCUGACAAAAAAUAUUGUUUUUGUUUAUUUGGUGAGUUACAAGAAAAUCCCAAAGGCUCGCCUCACAACACAAACAAGUUUUGGAGCCACUGUGUGGAGAAUGCUGUCACAAUAUAAAAUGUUGGGUCCCUGCUGUCUUCAGUGAAUGUGUACAACUGUGCAUAAACACAGUAUUAUUUUGUCUAACUUUCAGGGCAAGGUCAUUGCUGUUACUUUUGGUUCAUUCUUUUUUUUGUAUUACAAUUGAGACAUUAAACACACACAUGGUUUAGGUUUCUCUCCAUCUUUUCUUCUCCAUACAUUAUUUAUGCUGUUUCGCUCUCACUCGUCUUCUAAGACAUUAUUGUCAGCGCUAAGAGAUACAUUUUACCUACAGUAAAGAAAAAUAUGAACGCAACAUGUAAAAUGUUGGUCCCAUGUUUCACGAGCUGAAAUAAAAGAUCCCAGAAAAUGUCCAUAUGAACAAAAAGCUUAUUUCUCCCAAAUGUUGUGCACAAAUUAGUUCACAUCUGUGUUAGUGUGCAUUUCUCCUUUUCCAAGACAAUACAUCCACCUGACAGGUGUGGCAUAUCAAGAAUCUGAUUAGACAGCAUAAUCUUUACACAGGUGCACCUUGUGCUGGGGACAAUAAAAGGCCCCUCUAAAAUGUGCAGUUUUGUCACACAACACAAUGCCACAGAUGUCUCCAAUUUUUGAGGGAGCGUGCAAUUGGCAUGCUGACUGCAGGAAUGUCCACCAGAGCUGUUGCCAGAUAAUUGAAUUCAAAUUUCUCUACCGUAAGCCGCCUCCCACGUCGUCUUAGAGAAUUUGGCAGUACGUCAAACCGGCCUCACAACCGCAGACCACCACGCCAGCCCAGGACCUCCACAUCUGGUUUCUUCACCUGCUGUAUUGUCUGAGAACAGCCACCCGGACAGUUGCUGAAAGUGUGGGCUUGCACAACCGAAUAAUUUCUGCACAAACUGUCAGAAACUGUCUCAGGGAAGCUCAUCUGCGUGCUCUUUGUCCUCACCAGGGUCUUGACCUGACUGCAGUUUGGUGUCGUAACCAACUUCAGUGGGCGAAUGCUCUCCUUCAAUGGCCACUGACACGCUGGAGAAGUGUGCUCUUCACAGAUGAAUCCCGGUUUCAACUGUAGCGGGCAAAUGGCCGACAGCGUGUGUGGCGUUGUGUGGGCGAUCAGUUUGUUGAUGUCAACGUUGUGAAUAGAGUGCCCCAUGGUGGGGUUAUGGUAUGGGCAGGCAUAAGCUACGGAAAAUGAACACAAUUGCGUUUUAUCAAUGGGAAUUUGAAUGCACAGAGAUACCGUGACGAGAUCCUGAGGCCCAUUGUCGUGGCAUUCAUCCACAGCCAUCCUCCUCAUGUUUCAGCAUGAUAAUGCACAGCCCCAUGUCGCAGGGAUCUGUACACAAUUCCUGGAAGCUGAGAAUAUCCCAGUUCCUCCAUGGCCUGCAUACUCACCAGAAAUGUCUCCCAUUGAGCACGUUUGGGAUGCUCUGGAACGACGUGUACAACAGCGUGUUCCAGUUCCCCCCCAAUAUCCCUCAACUUUGUAAAGCCUUUGAAGAGGAGUGGAACAACAUUCCACAGGCAACAAUCAUCAGUGAUCAACUCUAUGCGAAGGAGAUGUGUCGCGCUGCAUGAGGCAAAUGGUGGUCACAACAGAUACUGAUUGGUUAUCUGAUGUAUUAAGGUAUCUGUGACCAACUGAUGCAUAUCUGUAUUCCCAAUCAUGUGAAAUCCAUAGAUUAGGGGCUAAUGAAUUUAUUUCGAUUGACUGAUUUCCUUAUAUGAACUGUAACUCAGUAAAAUCCUUUGUUGAUUGUUGAAUUUAUAUUUUUGUUUAGUAUAGAUAGUCAGACAGGCAGUCAGACAGGCAGAUCGGCUCCUCCUCGUCCCUACGACAGCAGCACAGCCGUGCUUAAGAAAACCUUUGAAUGAACCUGUUAACGUGAAGCCAUACAAAUUCCAAAAAGCAUACUUUUUCAAUAAUGCACAUACAAUGGACAUAGACAGGCUAGGUCUGAUAGUCUGUCACAUUCUGUGUUAACUGUAGGCCUAUUUGUGUUUAGUCACAUUACUUAAAAUGUAAAUGCUCUGUCUCUUUCUGUUACCACAUUGCACUCUCUCAGUAGGUGAGGUUUUGAUUCGCUGAGGUUUGAGAAGCACGACCUCACGAAUCAGACCACAUGGAGGUCAAAGGGCGUCUCCUCACAUCCAUGGGUGUGGGUUCUCCAGAUCAGGACAGCAAGCUGCAAGCUGAGCGUAUCUCCGCACUACAGGAGAGAAAGCAAAUCCUGGAGGACAUCCUCAGCAGCCGAGUGGGAGAGCUGAGACAAGUGUGUCUGCUGGAGGCGGAACUGACCGGGAUGGUCCCACAUGCUUUUCCCCUGGAGACAGGAGAGAGAGCUCCUGUUGUACAGCGCAGGGCUGGCCUGGCACAUAACAACACCAAGGGAGAGGAUGAGACAGGUCAGCGAAGGCAGAUGAAAACACUCUUCAGUGGUGCUCUGUACAGACACUCGGAGCCAGACAGGAAUGUCCCCAACAGCAGGAGGACCGUUCACCGUGGAUGCCACACAGAGGACACAGUGAUGUCGGAGAGUACUAGCUCCAUGUCAGAUUCAACGUCCCAUGACAAUGAGGAGUCCUCUCCCAGUGUGGCAGAAGACCACCGCUCCAUGUCCCAGCCACGUCUGGGCAGCCUAGACCACCAGGUCUGUCGGAAACUGUCCCCAGUGGAGAUAUACUAUGAAAUGAGAACACGCCGUAACUCUGUGACCAGCUCUAUCAGCCCUAGUCAUUCUCUACCAAGGAGUGCAUCUAAUGUUGAAGGCAGAAGUGUUCCUGCUUCCCCCCCCCUCGCCCGAACCGCCCCAAUCAGUGUUCAUGUCAGAUCAGAUGACUCUGGUGGGAUUUCACUAAAGCAGUGGUCUGGCAGCCUGGAUGUACCACAUAUGGAGCCCCUGGCCCAGGAAGGCUCCUCCUCGGAGCGCAGAGGCUGCCCUUACAGCUCCCGUGCCCGGCGGAGCAACAGUUCUGAGGCCCUGCUUGACCGCUCCAGUCUCCCCGAGGACCCAGCCCCCAGGAAUGGGAUGCCCCCCAGAGGAGGGCCUUACAAGAGCUCUGAGGCCCUCACUGACGGCAAGCUGAGGCACAUCCACCUGGGCAGUCCUGAGAGACAGGAGCAGGCCAACCUGCGGCUGUCCAUGGGUGGGAGAGUAGAAGCAGCAGAAGGGGGGGGUUACAACGAGCUCCUAAUGGAUUACAUCUGGGGAAAGCAACAGAGGAUGCAAGUGCAACACCAGCUGUACCAGUCAACAGGUAGAAUCUGGCAGGACAUUUCCUCUCCUCGAUCGUCCACUGCUGCAGUGCCUCCUCACGCCAAUGGCUUCUCCCACUCCCAGGUGCAUCUUCCCAGCGCUGCCCCUUCCUACAGUCCCAGAGUGAUCCAUAGCUCCCAGGCAGAGCAUCGCAGAGUCAAAGUCACCCGGACCAAGUCCUGCGGACCCUUCAUCCCCCUGCAGCAGGACGCCAUCCUGCUCUCUGCCUAUGAGUCUCCCCACCCUGCCCCAAGCUCCACUACCUCCUCCAUUCCCAACCUGCACCCCUUCCAGACUGAGCUGUCCGGCCCAUCAUUCAAUUGCAGGCCUCCCCAGUUCUCUCUCCCCACCCCUGAGGACUCGACGAGGAGUCUGCAUAAAGCCUUGGCGCUGGAGGGUCUCAGAGACUGGUAUCUGAGGAACGCCCUCGGCUACCCUACCCCUACAUCAAAGGGGCAUGAUGCAGGGGUCUCCCGUCUCUCACACCCCCACCCUUUGGUGCACCAGGCUCAGUCUAUACAAGGUGAUCCACUCCAUAGGUCCCAGAUGUCUCAGUCAGCCAGCUUCCAUGGCCACCCACUGCAUGGAAGGUCAAUGGAGUUCUCACUCUAUCAAGAGCCCAUUCAUCCUCAGAUGCAAGACAUGACUCCAAAGGAGCCCAGUGCUGACCCUGGCACUUUGGUCUGAUGUAGCUGAAUAUAUAUUCAAACACACAUGUGCACAGACAGACAGACAGACAGACCCGAACACUGUAAAAGGAGCUGAUAUAAGGUGACCUCACAAGCUAAAAAAAAACAUUACAACCACAGCAGAAAAAGACUGUAAAGCUGUUCUGAAUGCCCUCUGUUGAAAAUGAGCCCACCAACUUUUGACCACUAGAUCGCAAAGUGAGAAAUGGAUUUGCACUGGAGCUGUCCCAGGAGUCACAGAAUAUAUUGUUAUUCUGUAGCUACUGUAUACUGUAUUGUAUUCUAUGGUUGGUCAGACCCAAGCCACAUGUAACAAACAUCCUCCUUGUUUAACCUAACAAAUCUCCCAAUAUAUAAUUUUUUACAGAAUAAAGUAUAUGUAUUCUAAAUUACUAUUUUGUAUCUUGUGAGAUAUAAAGAAUAGUUAUAUAAAAGAGGUAAUUUAGUGUCUUGUGAUUUACAAAAAUAUAUAAUGAACUCAUAUCAACUAAAAAGUAUUUAAACACAUCAGUGAAUGUGUAAAUUAACCUGUUUGUAAACAUGAAUAUAUAUGUCUUAUCUCUUCAUCUGUCCAUCAAACAUACACAUUUCAACCGUGCUUGAUAUUUCUCAUGUUUUUCAAGUGAACACAAAUCCUUUCAAAGCUUGGUCUUCAAUCAACAAAUGAAAGAAAUUCCUGUUGUUGCCAAAUUGUUGUUUCAUGCAAACUCUUUUUUUCUGCAUUUCCUAAGAGUCCAACUGCUGAAAGGGCAUAAUAGUCAAGUUCAGAUAAAAACCUGAGGACUUUAGAGGUCUAUGACAGUCAUUUAAUGAACUUUCUAUUAAUUUCUAUUCAUUCAGUUGCGUAGCACGUUUUGCUUCAGAGCACUUUAUGAACGUCAAAAGCCUUAACCAAUUGCAGCAGUGGGAUGGAGAAAUUGUCCAUCCCACCCAAUUGUGGAAGUUUUGUGGCUCAUUUGGACAUUCACGAUUAAAGUGAUGUAGUGUAUAAUAUUAUGUAUUUAUAAGAUUGUAACAACAUUAUCAACAAUAAACCCUAUAUUUGGAUCUGUAUGUAUCAUGAUAAUAAGCUAGAUUUGAUUCAAAAUUCCUUUAUAAACUGAUGUCAACUUAAUGUCGAGAAAUGAAAAAGGGUCUAACUAGAACAGGGCUAGGGGAUGGGACUGUUGGCAUGAGCAGGCCUUAUGUCAGAACUCAUAAAUGUGGUAGUAUGAGAUUACGUUUCCGUUGUAUCAUGUUGUACGCUACUCCUAUUGGUGGCACAAUGUUAUAAUGGUAAAAAUGAUUUAAAGUAAUUAAUGCCAUUCGGAUAUACCACCGCAAUUCAAGAACGGCCCUUUUAUAAGCUUCCCAUGACAUGUGCUUGUUUGUUCUUGUGUAUCUUAGGUUCUGUCACGAUCGUGUUGACGUGAAAGAGAGGACCAAGGCGCAACAUGACUUGAAUACAUCUUCUUUAAUUAUAACGACGAAGAUGAACACGUAACACUUAUACACACUAACAAAAACAACAAACGAUCGUAAAACCUAAAACGCAAGUGCACACACAAACUACUUACGUCUACAUAUACAAUGACCCACAAACAGCUAAAGCCUAUGGCAGCCUUAAAUAUGGCUCCCAAUUAGAGACAACAGAAAUCAGCUGUCUCUAAUUGAGAACCCAUUCCGGCCACCAUAGACUUUCCUAGAAAACUACACACCCAUAGACACAGCUAGAUACAUACAUUCAACACAAAACCAUAAACUACAACCAACACCCCCUCAACCAUAUAAUACCCCAAAAUACACACAUACCCCAUGUCACACCCUGACCUAACUAAAAUAAUAAAUAAAACAAAUAAUACUAAGGCCAGGGCGUGACAGGUUCAUGAUUAUACCGUUAUAAAAGGGCAUCACUAACAACCUGAAUGUUAGGAAAUGAAUACCUCUGGAAAGAAAUGUAUGAGUAGCUAAUAAUGCUUAUUCAUUUUAACUGAUUAAUGUCAUGGCUUCAUCUAUUGACAUGUUUUACAGGUAAAGCUAUUCCUUUUAUCUCAAGUACCUUUAAUGGAAUGUUAUAUUGGUUUUAAAUGUUGGUGUUUUCACAUUCAAUAGUUAGUGUGUGAAUUUCUUCAAGCUAGUCUAAACCUGAAACUGAUGACCAAACUGCUGUGCAUUGGGGGUCGUAAAUGUAUUUUUCAGGUGAUGUACUUAUGUCUGUAAAACAUAAAUGAAUAUACAUUUAGCUAGAAGGAAAUUUAUCCAGAAUAUAUAUUGUAUAUUUAUGAACUUAUAACAUUUUGUAUCUAUUUGUGAAAUACAUCAUAAAACUGUCAUAAAACCCAUUCAGCACCAGACAGAGAAGUGUGGUGUUAACUAACAUUUACAAGUGUAUUAGUUGUAGCUUUUCGGAGAAUGAGCUAUGUUGAUUGACUGGAAUUGUUUGUGAUAUAUUGACUGAAAUCCCUAUCUGUUUUUCUCCUGAUAUUUUUUCAUCCUAUUACAGUAUGUCCAUAUUUCAAAGGGGUGAGUACACUGUACAGUUUAUGUUUGAGGAGGAUGGGGUACAUUCAUUGAUCUUUUUUAAAUAAAGUAUCAUCAUGGUAAAUGCAAAA